CAUUUUCGUGCGAAAAAAAAAAAAAAUAGAACAAGGUCGUCGUCGGAUUUCUAGAUCAUGGAGUUCUGUCUGAUCGCCGAUACAAUCUCAGUUUGCACGGCGAAGCAAGGCAUAGCGUUUGGGAAAUCUCUACUUAACCGGUGGGAACACAUUUCAUUCGCCGAUUCCUCCGUUGAUCAAGCACCGCCGGUUAUCUUCCCCGUCGAUGCAAUCGCUCCGUCGAUACAAUCCAGCUCUAUUAAGACAAUCCGCCGGAUCCGCAAAAAGCGGCGCACGAAGCGCGUUUCGUUCGGCGGCGAUUCGGAAGACGGAGGAGAUUUCGGUCGGUUUGUAUUAGAAGGCGGUUUCGGUGGUAACGACGGUCCGUUCGGAUUCGGCGGUGGAGGUGAUGGCGGCGGCGGUGGGAAGGGAUGGAGCUACGGCGGAGGUGGAAAUUGGGAUGAGUCAUCGUCUUGGUCGGAUCCGGCGAUGGAGUUCGUGUACGAAGUGAUUUGCUGGAUCGCGUUGUCGUAUUGCGUGCACUUUGCGUUCAAGAGGAUGGUGAGGAUCGUGACGGACGGUGAGAGGGAGAAGUUGAAUCUGACAUUAUCUCCGGUGUGCUGACAAUAGUCAUGUGUCGGAAAAUUGUUAAUCACAGCUUCAGUUCCAUCAAAUGAUCUCUCGUGUGUAUAUAUAUUUUAUAGGCAAUGUACAUAUAUUUAUGAUGAUGAAUUAAUGAUCAUAUGAUAAUUUAA